AUGACCACAGGACACCCAAGUUCUAAGACAGAAAUUAGACGAGCAAUAAAGAAAGUGAUUGCUGAACGAGACAUUGUUGAAAAAUUAAUCCAGGCAUUAAAAGAGACAGUCACAUUAAGUGAAGACGAGACAUUGGAAGGGAUUGAAAUUGAUAAUGUUAUUGAAAACUUAGACCAGGAACUCUUGGAAAUUUUAGAUUUAGUGGACACUAGUGUCCAGGCUGCUAAUGAGCAUAUCCGAGAGCAAUUAUUGAAGGACGAAAAUGAAUCGGACUCGUCAACAAUAAAAUCAAGUAAAUCAUCCGUGAAAUCAAACAUAACCAGUUCCUCAAAUGAUAAGAUCCCAAAGGCGAAAGCAUACAGCAAGAAUAGCAAAAAGGCAACAUCUGUGACGGACGAUCCGGAACCUCUUAAAACGUGCCUACCUCGUCCUAAUCCCGAUCCCCCAUCUUAUACACGAGUGAAACAAAAAGGCGUAGAGCUGCGAAACUUCUCUAGAGAUGAUAAAACCGAUUUCGAGGCGUGGAACGCGGCCUUCACAUCAGUUGUUGAUGAGACCAACAUGCCAGUAAAGGAAAAAAUGCUACGGCUGCAGAACUGCCUGAAAGGAAAAGCGUUAGAGACAGUCAAGGACCUUGGAUUCACUCAGCAUGCGUACGAGAGAGCGAAAGAAAAGUUACAACGCAAGUAUGGUGGUAAACGUAGACAGACCCUGACACAUUUGGCAACCUUAAGAGCACUACCCAAAGUACGACGCCAUAACCUGGAAGAAUUAGAAACCUUGUUGUCAAUGCUAGACCGUAUUCUUAUCGCAUUACAAGACGAUGAUCGUGGCAAUGAUGAAAUUAGAAGUCAGCACCUUUGCUUAACAGUGAAGGAAAAAUGUCCAGUGGAAUACGUCAGAGAAUACAAGUAUUGGUUAAAUGAGCGGGAUGAAGAUGAUGAUUUUAAAAUGCUGGUCCAGUGGAUCGAGAGGCGUGUUUGCAUCAUGGAUGAGGCUAAGGAAGAAACGGGAGAAUUCGUCAAAGCGUACCAUGGAGGACAACGUCAUAAUCAAGGCUUUAAUACAGAUAAGAAAGUUAGGAAAUGUAUCGUUAUGAAUUGCGACGCUGAUCAUCCGCCUUGGGUUUGUCCAGAAUUUAAAAAGCUCCCUGUAGCUACACAAAAUCAACUAAUAGCUAAAACAAGACGGUGCUUCUCUUGUCUAGCGGCUGGUCACCGAAGUAAGCAGUGUGGCAGAAAGAGAAAAUGUGGAGUCAGCGGAUGUGAAAGUAAAGGACAUAGCAGCUUGUUACACGAGCCUGAGAGAAUAGAAAAACAGAAUGAAGAUAAUGACAACAACAAAGAUCAGACCAAUCCUUCAAUUGGAGGGACAGAUGCAAGAACCUAUACGACAAACCGAGUUGAACAAAUAUCAUUGAUGGUUCUCCCAGCAACUGUCGAAAUUGGCAUCAAGAAGAUAAAAAUCAAUGUUAUGCUGGAUCCUUGCUCCACGGGAUCAUACGUCACCGAAAGCCUAGCGGGAGAGUUGCACUUGAAAGGAGAAAAACAGGAUUUGAGCAUAUCAGGAACUGGUGGGAUGGAGAUUAAGAGACAGUCGAAACAUGUAAAGUGUGUGAUCACAUCCGUCAAUGGAACCUUCUCAUCGCCUGUGGAAGCAAAUGUGUUAUCUAACACAUGGGCAGCUGGAAUUGGUUGGGAAGACAAAAUGCCAGAAAAUUUGUGCAAUGAAUGGAACAAUUGGGUAAAAGAACUGAGCGACUUUAAUGGAUUCUAA